GCGGCCCGCAGGAGCCGCGACCUCCAGCGGUUCGGCGAGCGGCGGGGAAGAUGUUGAGCUUCGUGCGGGCCGCGGCGCGCGGCUACCUGCGGCCUUGGGGCUGCCGGGGCGUGAACUCCCUGGUGGAAGAGGCCGAGCGGCCGGCGGAGGCCCCGCAGCCGGCGUCGAGUGUAGGUCUCCCGGAUCCAGUACUACGCAAGUGCGAACUCCCGGUUCCCGCGCACCGGCGGCCCGUGCAGGCCUGGGUUGAGUCCCUACGGGGCUAUGAGCAGGAACGCGUGGGGCUGGCCGAGCUGCACCCCGAAGUUUUUGCUACAACGCCCAGACUUGACAUCCUGCACCAGGUUGCUGUGUGGCAGAGGAACUUCAAGAGAAUUAGCUAUGCAAAGACCAAGACGAGGGCUGAGGUGCGGGGCGGGGGGCGCAAGCCCUGGCAACAGAAAGGCAGUGGGCGAGCCCGGCACGGCAGCAUCCGCUCCCCCAUCUGGCGAGGAGGAGGCGUUGCCCACGGUCCCCGGGGCCCCACGAGUUACUACUACAUGCUGCCCAUGAAGGUCCGGGCUCUGGGCCUCAAGGUGGCCCUGACCGUGAAACUGACCCAGGAUGAUCUACACAUCGUGGACUCGCUAGAGCUGCCCACCUCGGACCCCCAGUACCUGACGGAGCUGGCCCACUACCGCCGCUGGGGCAGCUCUGUGCUCCUGGUGGACUUGACUCAUGAGGGGAUGCCCCAGAACAUUGUGGAGGCCACCUCCAGGCUGAAGACCUUCACCCUGGUCCCGGCUGUCGGCCUGAACGUGUACAGCAUGCUCAAGCACCAGACCCUGGUCCUCACGCUGCCCACCGUCACCUUCCUGGAGGAGAAGCUGCUAUGGCAGGACUCGCGCUACACGCCGCUCUACCCCUUCCGCCUGCCCUACAGCGACUUCCCCUGAUGCUGCCUCGCCGCGUUCCCACCCUGCGCUGAACUGAGCCAGGCCACUACUCUGUGCAGAGAGACCCGUGAGCUGCUGCCCUAGCUCAGCUGCAAAUCGAGGCUGAAGCCAGGCGCCGGUGCCCACACCUGUAAUCCCAGCUAGUCAGGAGACAGAGAUUUGAGCAUCGCUGUGCAAAGUUAGCCCAGGCAGCAAAGUCCCUAGGACUCUCAUCCCCAAUUAACUACCAAAAAGCCAGAAAUAGAGCUCAGACUCAAGUGGUAGAGUACUGGCCUUGAUCGGGAAAAGCUGGAGACCAAGUGGGGAAAACACAGGCUCCUUGCAGCUUAACCACAUUGGGCUCAGCCCCCUCUGGAGUGGGCACAACAGAGCACCCCAUAACCUCUGCCCUGGGGCUUGCAGUCUGCCUUCAUGGCACCUCCAAGUUGUGGAAAGUGCCAGAAUGAAUGUGCCCCAGCUGUGUAAGACCCAGGACCUGGACCUCUGCACAUUGUCAUCCUGGGCACUUUCUUUCAGGCUAGCCCAAAGCUGCCCUCAUCACAACUUCCCCUAAGAACACAUUCACAAAAGCUGAGAUCCUGUGGUUAACAAGUAGAUAAACAUCUUUAUAC